GAUUCAAUAUUUACAACUCCCACAAAAUCUCAAUCUUCAUAGAUACACACACUCUCAUAAUUAAUCAAUCUUCUAGCCUUUAUAAUUAGCAUGGCCAAACCACCAUAUCUAGAGGAAGAUUGUAUGAAAAAAAACAAAAUAAAAAAUCAUAGUACAAACAAUAAGGCAAAGAUUAAUUUAUCUUUCUUUGCUUCUAUCUUCUCCCUUUUUAUCUACAUGUGUAUCUUUUAUAUCUUUAAUCUCUCCCCUUAUACACUUUUAAACAACAACAUAUUUUGGUUUUUCAUGUCAAAUACUCUAAUCCUCAUCAUAGCUGCUGACUAUGAAGCAUUCUCUUCAUCAAAACAAAAACAAGAUCUCCAUCAAGAAUAUGCAAACCAUAGUCAAACAAUUACAAAUCAUGCUUCAAUAUCAUCAACAUAUGAUGAACAAGUUGAUAAACAAUGCAUUACUCCAAAGCGAGACGAGAAAGACACAAUCUCCUAUCAGAUUGUUAAACACUCAAACGCUCAUAACUUUCUUUAUACUCGAUCGUUUUCAACACCGUUUGUUGCAAUUCCCGAACGAGUGUUGGAAAUUGAGGUAGAAAAUCAACCAAAGAAAAGUACUAUUGAUUGUGCUAAUGAGAAGAAGCCAAAAACACUUGAUUUGCAAGUAGGUGAUGAUGAUAAAGAGAAAGCAACAUUAUUUCCUACAAGAUCAAUGUACCGAAGAAGUAAAUCUUAUAGACACAAUAGAGACAAGCAUGUUGUGAUUGAUGAAACGAAGAAAUCAGUGAGAAGGUUAGAGUCAAUGAAGAUAGAACCAAAAGUGCUAGAAGAAGAAAAUGAGUUUUCUAAGAUGACAAAUGAGGAUCUUAAUAAGAGGGUGGAAGAGUUUAUUCAGAAAUUCAAUAAGCAGAUUAGACUUCAGGCAUCAACUAUAAAUCAAUAUUAAUGUCUAAUAAAUUUAUAAAGUAUUUUCAUUGUACUACCAUAAUCUAAAAUAUAACUAAAAAUUAGUCAACAAAAUUGAUAUGUUUAAAUCAAUCUUCUUUAACGAAUUUUUGCUUAUAUUUUAUAUGGAUGAAAUAAUUUAGAAUAAAAUAUUAUUCCAAAGUUUU